AUGUCAGACUCAUCUGAAACAGUGCAGAUCUUCAAUCGAGUCGCCAAAGUGCAGUCUGAGGGCUCGCCCAGGAUCUUCUAUGUCGAAGCACUCGCACGUCAACCGAAGGAGAAGAAAGGCACCAUCUUGCUCAUCCAUGGCUUUCCGGAAACAUCCUACCAGUUCCGCCAUGUCAUGAAGCCGUUUGCUGAAGCCGGAUAUCAUGUGAUUGCGCCCGACAAACGAGGCCAUGGGUAUAGCGACAAACCGGUCGGUGACAUCCAUCAGCAAGACCCAUUCACGAAAAAAUCCCUCGCACAGGACCUACACACCCUGGUCAGAAUGCAUGUCGGCAUCAGGGACAAAAUUCACAUUGUGGGCCACGAUAUCGGGGGAAUGGUGGCGCACGCCUAUGUCAGCCAAUGGCCAGAGCACGUUGAAACCGUCACCUGGGGUGAAUGCCCCUUGCCUGGGUCCACUGCGUACGACAAAAACAAGCAUUCCCGCAUGCUUUGGCACUUCGACUUCCAGAGCCACCACCCGGAUCUGGCAGUGUCAUUGGUGCAGGGCAAAGAGCGGAUAUAUCUCAUGCACUUCUUUGACCGUCUCGCCCAGAACGUUCAAGGUGCAUUCCCCACGGACGUCGUAGAUUUCUAUGUCGACCGCUUCAGCAUGCCGGAUGCGUUGAGAUGUGCAUUCUUGACGUAUCGUGCAUUUGAGAAGGAUGCCGACCACAACCGCAAGUGGAGAGAGGAAAAGGGAAAGGUCAGCGUCAGAAACAUGAUCUUGAUCGGCGAGAAUAGCAUCAUGGGCAUAGGAGAGGCGGACCAGAUGGCCAGUGAAUUCUACGAGGACCCAACUAUGGGCGUCGUGAAGGAUUCCGGACAUUACAUCUCUGAGGAAAAUCCGCAAGGCUUUGUAAAGCAGGUUCUCAGGUUCAUCGAAGGUUGGAAAUGA